ACAUGUCGCGAGCGGGGUUCCGAGCCGAGCGGACGGACGCGGGCGCCUCGGUGCCCCAGGGGCUGUUGAAGGCCGCGAGGAGGAGCGGACAGUUGAACCUGUCGGGCCGGGGUCUCCGCGAAGUGCCUCAGUGUGUCUGGAGAAUAAAUGUGGAUGUUCCCGAGGAAGCUAACCAGAAUCUUUCGUUCAGUGCUGCCGAGCGGUGGUGGGAGCAGACAGAUUUGACCAAACUCAUCCUAUCCAGCAAUCAGCUUCAGUCGCUUACAGAUGACCUGCGACUCCUGCCUGCGCUUACUGUUCUUGAUAUACAUGAUAAUCAGCUGACAUCCCUUCCUUCAGCUAUAAGAGAGUUAGAAAAUCUUCAGAAACUUAAUGUCAGCCAUAACAAACUGCAAAUACUUCCUGAAGAAAUUACAAAUCUAAGAAACCUGAAAGGCUUGUAUCUCCAGCAUAAUGAACUAACUCGUAUACCAGAGGGAUUUGAACAACUUUUCAAUUUAGAAGAUUUGGAUAUUUCCAACAAUCGUCUUACAACUGUUCCUGCUAGUUUUUCUUCUCUCUCGAGUCUGGUGCGACUCAACAUUUCCAGUAAUAAGCUGAAGAGUUUGCCAGUGGAAAUAAGUGGAAUGAAAAGAUUAAAGCAUUUGGAUUGUAAUUCAAAUCUUUUAGAAACUGUACCUCCUGAAUUGGCUAACAUGGAAUCACUAGAAUUGCUUUAUUUACAGAGGAAUAAAUUACGUUUUCUACCAGAAUUUCCUUCUUGUAGAUUAUUAAAGGAAUUACAUGUAGGUGAAAACCAGAUUGAAAUAUUAGGGCCAGAACAUCUUAAGCAUCUGAAUUCUAUCCUUGUGCUAGACCUGCGGGAUAAUAAGUUAAGAUCUGUUCCAGAUGAAAUUACACUACUACAGUCUUUGGAAAGGCUUGACCUAAGCAACAAUGAUAUUAGUAGUCUACCCUGUUCAUUGGGAAAACUUCCUUUGAAAUUUCUGGCGCUAGAAGGAAAUCCUUUGAGAACCAUACGAAGAGAAAUUAUAAAUAAAGGAACCCAAGAAGUCCUAAAAUAUCUGCGAAGCAAGAUUAAAGAUGAUGGACCUACCCAGAGUGAUUCUGUUGUUGAGACUGCCAUGACAUUACCAAGUGAAUCCAGAGUCAAUGUACAUGCUAUCAUCACAUUAAAAAUAUUAGACUAUAGUGAUAAACAAACAACUUUAAUUCCUGAUGAAGUAUUUGAUGCAGUAAAAAGCAACAUUAUCACUUCCGUUAACUUCAGUAAGAAUCAGCUAUGUGAAAUUCCUAAAAGGAUUGUGGAACUGAAGGAAAUGGUUUCUGAUGUCAAUCUCAGUUUUAAUAAGCUUUCCUUUAUAUCCUUGGAAUUAUGUAUGCUUCAGAAAUUGACUUUUUUAGAUCUCAGGAACAAUUUUUUAAAUUCUUUGCCUGAAGAAAUGGAAUCGCUGAUAAGAUUACAAACAAUUAACCUUUCCUUUAACAGGUUCAAAAUACUACCUGACGUUCUGUAUCACAUUCCCACACUUGAAACUAUUUUGAUUAGUAACAACCAGGUUGGAUCUGUGGACCCUCAGAAAAUGAAGGCAAUGGAAAAUCUGAUCACAUUGGACCUUCAAAAUAAUGACCUCCUACAAAUUCCACCAGAGCUUGGUAAUUGUGUGAACUUAAGAACAUUACUACUAGAUGGAAAUCCAUUCCGUGUUCCUCGAGCAGCCAUAUUAAUGAAAGGAACAGCUGCUAUUCUGGAAUAUUUGAGAGACCGGAUUCCUACUUAAAUUGGAGCUAUUUUAUAAUCUUGGUCAUGUUAAUUCUUAGACUUCUUACAUUGAUAAAUAACAUUUUUCUAAGGUAUUAUGCAUUUGUAAAGGUGAUAACCACAUGCAGUGUUCAUGCAUUUAUUCUAAAUGUUUUGUAUAAGAUUUAUCUUACUUUCAUUCCUUAUAAGAUAGCAGUUUCUUCAAAAGUGAAUUUUUAAGUUAGUUUGAUAUUUUUAUAAUGAUAAAACAUUUUUGUAAAAGUGGGGAUUUCCCCCUAUUUCUGUUUGUGUUACAUAUUAUGUGAACCAUUGAUUUGAAUAUGACCAUCUAAUUUCUACCUUUUUGUUAGACAUAAAAUUGAAUUUCAUUCCAAACUGUUUUUUGGUGUAAAAAAAAUAAGACUUUUCCUUACUCAUGAUAAGACUUUUGUGAUGUGAUUGGUCUUGGUAUAAGUUUUAAAUUAACAUUCACUGUCUUGUUUUUGUUUUAAUCUAGUUGAAAUGUUACUUGUUUAGCCUUUUCCCAUUUUAUGAAACCAUUUUGUCAGAAUUUCUAAUGUAACAGAAAUGCUAUAUGAAAUGUAGUUACUGGUAGAGAAAAUAGGGAAGAGUGUUAAAAUUGUUCUCACAGUUUUGAAUCUAAAAUUUGACAAAGUUUUUUUUUUUUUUUUUUAAAUGACUUCUUAGUAUUAAGUUUCCAUACAAUGAUCUAGUACUUCUGGAUUCAAGAAAUUUGAAUUUUGAAUUUGAAGGGAUUGGAUCUGCAUAUUUUUCCCUCCAAGUAUGUUUGUUCUUCUUUUUAAAAGUGCUGAAGAGCUUAUUUUAUUAAUUCAAUAGAUAACAGCAACAGAAAAUAAUAACAUGUAUCACAUAGAAAUCCUGGAAAUUUCUUAAGUACUUAUUACUAAGCAGGUAUUUGUAUACAUUAUCUAUCUGUUGGUGUGUUCUAAUCCAACCUUGUCUAUCUUUUUUAUUUCCAGGGCCUUACUUUUCAAAUUUGCAUCUUAUCUUCAUAAGACUAAACUUGUUAGCCAUGUGGAAAUUUUCUAAAAGGGAAUUUGCUAUAGGUUAACUUGAUUUAGUAAAAAUAAAAUAGAAAUAUUUUUACUUACACCAAAAAUGUCAGAGGUAAAAUGUCAGAGGUCGGCUGAUCAGUCAUGAUGAAACUCGCCAUGUGAUUCUAUUAAGUAACCAAUCAACAGAAUGUAUAUUAAUUUAUAUAGUUAGGUAGGUAGCUAGCUUGUUUUUGGCUCAUAGAGGCAUACUUAUGAAGAAAAAUCAUUGCUAGUAAAGAUAAAUACAUGUUCAUAAUAAAAAUUACAUUUUUCAAAUAUGGA